CAAGAGGAACUUUCAAACUUACAAUAGAAUUCACAGAAGAAUAUCCGAAUAAGCCACCUACUGUUAGAUUUGUCUCUAAAAUGUUUCAUCCAAAUGGUUGGAGAGGUAUUCCCUGCCUCCAAAGAAAUACUAGUUUUGUGAAGAAGUACUGGAAACUUUCAAAUGCAGCAAUCUAUGCAGACGGUAGUAUAUGUCUGGAUAUUCUUCAGAAUCGUUGGAGUCCUACUUACGAUGUCUCCUCCAUCUUAACAUCCAUACAGUCCCUAUUGGAUGAGCCAAAUCCCAACAGCCCAGCAAACAGCCAGGCAGCUCAGCUAUACCAAGAGAAUAAGCGGGAAUAUGAAAAACGGGUUUCUGCAAUAGUAGAACAGAGCUGGCGUGACUGUUGACCCAGGAUGAUGCAAAUGAACACUCUGUUGAUGAGGAAAAUAAACAAAGUGUCUCAGUCAUCUUUUUCCUCCUAGCAUUUACUUUGAAAGCAGAAUAGCUGUUGUGCUGUUGCCACCCUCCCUUGCUGAAGCUUCUUCUCCUUGGACAUCAGAAAGCACCCACUUUGAAGUCAAAUGUUCUGUACUUGGGUUACUUGCAAAAGAGUUACUGAUGCUGAAUUCAUUUUCUGUGGUCCCUCUCCAGUCUUAGGGCAGUAUUGUGCAUUUCUGUAGUGUACACUAAGCUUUUAAUUGUAAUUGUGUUAUACACAGUGAUGCUUAUGUGUAGCUUGAUAAAAGGGAUGUUUAUAUACAUACACAUUUUUUAACUGAUAUUAACUAAAGUGCUGAUCUGUCCAGGCUGGUCAUUUACCUCUACUAUUGGUUUAGACCCCACUGCAUUUGUAAGUACUGAGUGAAGAAAUAACCUCUUGUUUCCCUUCUGUAUGGGUUUAUCAACCUCUUACUCAUGGAAAAAAAAACACAAACUGAUUCCAAUUCCAAUGUUUAGUGAGAUGGUGGAAUGCUAGUUACUUCAGCACUUCACAUGCAAGAUUUAUGUACAGAUAUACAUAAAUCGCUACAGUUGUGGUACUUUGAUCUUCGCUUAGGGUGAGAAACAACCCUCCCCUUUUUUUUUUUAUUUUAUUUUAUUUUAAAGGGCAUGCCUACAGUAACUGCUUCAAUCUGUUUCUGUAGUGCUGUCACUGAGGCAUUACUGGGCAAAACCAGGUAGAGCUGUGGUACUCUGAGCGAAAAACCUUCUGCAUUAAGGAAGAGGUAAAACCUGCAGCAUUCCGGCGGUGGAAUUACUCUCCCUCAGUGUCUUUCUCCCACCCCUUAUCUUUAGCUGAGAAAGAUAAGUUCCUUGGGAUCCAACUCUGUCUUGGGGAAAGUUUGAAUAAAGUACGGGGUAGGCACUUGAGGCUCUGCAGUUUCUGCUCUUCGUGGAUUACUGUGUGGUUUGUGUGAGCUACCGCUGCAUGCUUGAGUUACUUUCCCUUUGGUUUUAUGAAAGUCUUUUUUCAACUCUGGAAAAAAAAAACCCAAACCCAACCCCCUUUGUAAGUCCAGACUUACUUUUUUUUGUAAGGCUAAGUUUCUACAUUUGGAUACAAGCAGCAGUGUGGGAUGAAACCUACAAUUGUGUUGUCCACUGUUCCAGUGUCUUUUGUGUGCACAUUGGUCUGUUAGUUGAGUUUAACUUUGCACAAGUAACCCAUGUAAGAAACUGUACAUUUUUCAAAAGUUGUAAAUAAAGUGUAACCUUAGUGCUUAUUGUAUAAAUAGGCAAGAGGCGUCCAGCUGUGGUUAUUGUGACAGGGCAGCCGGGGCCGGUGGUGGGACCCAGCUGCCGGUGCACUCCUACAGCAGGAGCAUGGAAGGCUUCCUGCCCCGU